AUGUGCUCACACCCCAGUGACACCCUAGAGCUCCUGGUCUCAGGACCCUCUGGGGACCCCAGCCCCUCACCCACAGGUUCCGUCUCCACAGCUGGAGGCUCUGAGCAUCAGUCCCCCACCACCACAGAGUCUGGCCCACAGAGUGGUCUCAAAAGGUACCUGAACGUCCUGAUUGGGGUCUCAGUGGCCUUCAUCCUGCUGAUCUCUCUCUUCCUCUUCCUCCUCCUUCGUCACCAGCAUCAGGGCAAACACAGGACGUCAGCUCCAGCCCAGCAGCUGAUGCCCAAGAAGAGACCCUCUGUGAGAGGAAGAGGGGCACCCGGGAGCGGGGCACAUGGAUUUCAGGAGAUGAUGAGGAAGGGGACAGGCUGGGAGAGUGUUGGGUCAGGGUGAGAAGGCCUGAAAUCCACACU